ACACGCAAAAAAUACAUGACAUACAUUUUUGAUUACAUACAUUUACAAAUUACAAUUUGCACAAUAACACUAAUAUCUCACAUCUGUAUUAAUCUGUUUAACUACAAAUUUGCGUGGUUUCUGUAUUUUUCUUCACCAGAAUGAUAGUGUGUUUAGUGGAAUUAUUUACAUUGUCAAUAGUAUUAUUCUAAGACGUUUGGAGUUCCACAAGACAAAAUUGGUUAUUUUAUGAACACACUAAAAAUGGCUAAAGAAGAUAUACUACUGCGGGUGGAGAUGGGAAAAUUAGAAAUAGAACCAAUAAAGCAAAAUAUCACAACUACUGAUGAAAAUCCAUUUAUUAACCAGUUGCAACAGAAAAGAAUUUUUAGGCAAACAACACAAAGUAAAUGUUCAUGUACAUGGCAAAAGAAAAAUUUUAAUCCAGCUGUUCAUAAAAAAAGAAAUAAUAAGAUACUUAAAGAUCCUGUCUUAAAAUUACUCAAGACAAAUACUGUAGAUAACAAGAAAGAGGAGCAACAAACAAGGAAUAAAGUAAAUCCAAGUUCUGCUGAAAAUUUGAAUGUAGAUAUUUUAAAUUUAUGUGCACUUGUUGAUAAUUGUAAUCAGUUACGCAUAUCAUCUAGUUCCAAAAAGGAUAGAAAGUUAACAGUUGCAGAACUUAAUAAUCCAGCAAAAUGGUGGAAGAAUGAUUUAAUACAUGCUAGGCAAGUUAGAAAAUUAGUAGUAGAAAAUAACCAAACAGGUACUUCUUGUUCUCAACAAGCACUUAACCCUCCUUGUGAUGUUACAAUUGAUGAACUAGCAAGUUAUUUUGAAACUUUGGUUCAUAUACCUAAGAAGAUGUCAUCAAUGGCAGAAAUGAUGUAUAUUUAGGAAAAUGUAUUACAAUAAAACAAGUGGUCCAAUAUUAAUGAUUUCUUCCACAAUUUAUAUGAAUAAUAUUUUUCUGAACUGAGUAGCAACAUUAGAUAGAAGGUAUAAGGUCUUGUUACUAUUGAUGCUGAUUUUAGAAUCACAUAAAAAUGAGUGGCACAAACUAGUUGUUUCAAGAAUGUAACAUAAUAGUACCUGAUCAUUAAAAUAUAUGUACAUAUUUAUAAGAUGUUCCUAACCUUACAUUUUAUAUUUUUAACAUAAAGAAAUUCUAUACUUGGGAGGUGAUAACUAUCAUUUACUUUAAUUUCUUGCUACUUUGAAUUUAUUAAACAUCUAAACAUUACAUUGAUAUGCAUAUUAUUUGUGGAGGAACAUUAUAUGAUAAGAAUAAGGUAGGGGAUGUAUUUGUUAGUAUUUCAUUAUCAUGUCACUGAACUGUCACUUUAGCAAAUCAGAGGGUGAAAUAAGGUAAUAGAAGGUAUGUGAAUUGACCAAACAAUAUUAGUCCAAAUUGACAAAUAAAUUUUCUACUUAGUUUCUGUGAUUGGCACUAAAUUAGUUGAAUGUAGACUUGUAUUUUGAACAGCAGUUAUAAAAUCUAAAUUCUUUUUUUGUACCUAGUUUAUCAAUUAAUUUAUAAUAAAUAACUCUUUUAUUCCCUAUUAACAUUUCAUAUGUAUAGAAAACUUAAUAAGUACCUAUUAUAGUUUGUAUAUGUCCGUAAUAAUGCAUUCUUUUUUUAUACUCUAUAAUUGUGGAAGAAUUUAUUGGAAGUAUUGUAAAUAACUAUAAAUAACUCAUUCUCUUCAUAAUUCUAGAAAUAAUAUAAGGCUAAUUGAAUGUUCAUUUAUAUCUUCUAUUAAGUAUAUUCUAAAUAUAUUUAGAUCAAUAUUUUGUGAUAAAAUAUGUCCUACAAUGUUUUAAUUCUAAGAAGAAUUAAAUAGUUGAUUCGCAUAAUUAAAUAAUGUUCUUUUAAGUUUAAUCUAUAUUUUCCAUUUAGUUAAUAAAUAUAGUAAAUAUUUAUUGACUAAAUGUGAUGUGAUAUAUCAUCAUCUGCUUUUAAGCACAGAUCCUCCGGUGUGCACUUAGGGUAUGCUUACUAAAUAAUUUAAUGAUUUGUCUCAAGUUCCAAGUGUAAAAAACUUAAUUACCACAACAAUUUUGAGAAGAGAGAUCAUUCUUUCUAAGCCUCACAGUACAAUUUUGGUUGUGUGCCUAAAAGCCAACACACACAAGUAUACACUCUCUAACUCUUUUAAAUAUACAAUGAACCAUUUUAUUGAUGAAAUUAUGAUUUUCGCAAAAAGUAACAACCUAUACGCGAAUAGACACAUUACUUACAUAAUUAUCGUGCAAAUAUAUUUCACAGCUUUUUAAAAGUUAACUAAUUAAACCUAAUUAGCUAGCGAGUAGUGAUUUCGGAACAACAAUGUUAAUAUAUAUAUACAUAUAUAUUGUAAAAAAAUCAUUAAGCUAAAUUAAAUACAUGAAUGAAAUAAAUGUAAAAUGUUCCGGUAGUUUGCUGGUAUAUGUACAUCAUUUAAAAUGUAAAUGCUUUUUCUGAGAUCACCUUGCUCAAGUUAGUUUCAGACAGAUGGACAAAGGCAUUGUAAACUGUCGAUGUGUUGUAUUCGGCACUUGAUAUGCGGGGUGAAGGGGGAUAAAUUCGAGUUCAUUUACUACAAUGGGCUAACUGACCUCACCUCAUGCCCAUCUUGUCUUCCACAGAUACCUCGCCAGCGAAUAUUGUUAGCGCAGGUGGGUGUACCAUUCCAUUACCAUCGUAAAAAAAAUACUUGACAUGCCAAACAAUGCCUACAUUUCACUAUUGAACCAAACAUGGCAGUAAGCUAGCAUAUCGCCGUCUGUAGAAUUCUCUUCCCCCUGCUGUAUUGUAUCAUGCUACUCUUUUUGUUUUUUCGAACUUGGUCGCAGCUGGUUUUUAUUUCAUCCUGUAAAAUUGGGCACAAGCGCAGAAGGCCUUCGAAAUCCUCGGAAAGACCUAAGGAGCGGCUUAAAUGUAUGCCUGAUGGAUUCUACUUUAGCCCUCAGAUUAAAGUCGCCUUUGCAAUAAGGCCAACAGACGGGACACUGUGAGCUUAUAUUCGAACCCUUAGCCUGAGGUAUAAGGGCCGAAAUUAAAUUACAACAAGGGAUUUUAACAUUUAACCUGUUUCAAUCGGUUAACACAAAUAAACUUUACGUAAUAUGCGAUAUUCAAGAAACCAUACGUCGCAGUCUUUUAGUUAUAUAACAGUUUUCGUUUUCUACAUGAAUGAUGUCUGACAUCUACAAAAAUGAGUUAGCAUUUUUAACCUGAUGUAAGUACGUAAACAUGAGUAGGUACGUCAAAAUUAGUUGAUAAAAUUAAAUUACAUCUAUCGAUAAAAUAUGAGUUAAUUUUUAUAUGUACUUAUUUCGUAGACACCAGGAACAAAACAAGCGAAAGUGGUAUAAACAUUCAAGGCAUAAACUUAUGCGGAGCAUAUAUGUAUUGUUAUUUAAUGCCUAUAUUUACUCUACAAUUAUUUGUUGUUUUCUCUUAUGAUUAUGGUCGUUUCAAUAUUGCUCUUAUUGGUAUAUGAAAUACCAAAUUUGUAUAAGGUAUGUAUUUAAUCAAUACCUAAUAAUAGGUAUAUCAGUAUGACUCAGCGAAUACUUAGAUAUAUGUAGGUAUAACUAUGUAAGUACAUGUUUAAUUAAGUAACAAAAAUAGAUUUGUAUAUACUUAUUUAUACUUCAGAAAAAUGUUUUAUAACUCACUGCGGAACACAUUUGACUAUAAAGCAGCGGUGUUCGCAUAGAAUACACUGCAUGUUAUUUGCUGAUAACGUAGUUAUCUAAAAGGCGAAUUCAUUUAUAAAAACCUUUGAGAUAUUUUUUUAUUAUAUUAAUUACAAAUAAUUAAAUAUGUGUAUGUGGUAGAGAUGAGAUGUUGAGAUGUAUAUAUGUGUAGUGUGCCAGGAAUGACAGAUUCAGAAAUGUAUAUAUAUAGUUCCCUAUUGCAUACGUAAUAGGGAAGUUGCGAGGAAUGUCUUGUUUUACCCGCGACCAUUGAACAUGGUGUGCUAAGCCGCUAGACCACCGAGGCCGAUAGGGAUCAGUAGGUGCCAUACUGCGUUGAUCCCAAACAUAGAUAAAAUAAUAUUACAUAACCCAAGUAAUGGGAUGAAUGUAAAAAGCAAUGAUAAUCAUUUAGAUAUAAACUAUUGAAAUAAAAGUAAUGGAUAUUAGUAGAUAUGUUAUUAAGUGGCUUUUCAUCAAUUGAUUAUAGAAAUGUUCAUACUUUUACCUAUUAAGUCCAGUUUGGUUUAUGUACGGAUUCUAUUUAGCAAGUAUGUUUACUAAUAAUAAAUAAAUAUGUUGGUUGCAGUUGAUAUUUAAAAAAAUCAAGUAUACUAAUACCUCGAGUCCUAUACAAAGUGAAGAUAUUCUCCAUGAAAAUUAUAAUAAUUGUUUUUUAAUAGGAAACAAGGAUUUCAAUACGUUUCAAAAGAUGACCGAAAUUGGAAAAGAUACAAUGGAGUUUGCCAUUUCUUCAAAUUCCUAUUAGUUUUCGAUCUGUGCCCUAGGACUAUUUUUUUUUUCUAUCCACACGGUGUACCUUACGGACAUGAACCGCCAUCAUCGCUGGGUCGCGUUAACAUGUGAAAUAGGGUAAGUCUCAGCUAAGGCGUUUGUUCGCUCUACUUAUUUAAGUAGGUGCUUGGACACAUGCGUUCGUCUUCAGUGCCAUUUACUUGGAAUGCUACCUCCCUCAACGCGAGCACCAUGGCCCGGUGGUGUAUAGAAGCGGGGUUGAAUGCCGGACUCUUGAGUCGGAUUACAGGAACUGAAUGAUUAGAAUUUCGCUCCAUUUUUGCCGUACACUCCGUAUGUUUAUAACGUCGGCAAACCUGG